GUUUCAAAAAGGUUCCCAAUAGGGGCAGUAUGCCAGUAAUAGUAGUGGCUGUUCCCUUCGCCUUCUUCCACAUCGCCGAUACUUUUCCUUUCCCGCCUAGCGAAUCUGUUGAAUAGCAACAAAGCAAAUGGCUUCCCAGAAAACCCUAAUGGAUCUCUUCCAACCUGCCAAGCGCCUAAAACUCUCUCCACCCCCCUCCUGCUCUUCCUCUUCUGCUCUCACCCCGGACCAACAAUCUCGUGUUGAGUUCAACAAACUACGCGCCAAAUCCAAGCGGAACCUCAAAAUCAGUCUCGAUAAGCUCUCCAAGGCCAAACGAGAGGGCGUCGGGAAUGUGAAGUUAGAGGAGCUAUUGGUGGAGGAGACAUGGUUGGAGGCGCUGCCAGGGGAGCUGCAAAAGCCCUACGCCAGGAAUCUUUGCAAAUUCGUUGAAAGAGAGAUAUGUGGUGGCAAUGUGCCUAUAUAUCCACCGCAGCACUUGAUUUUCAAUGCUCUUAACUCCACACCCUUUGACAGAGUCAAGGCUGUUAUUAUUGGGCAGGACCCUUAUCAUGGACCUGGUCAGGCAAUGGGCCUUUCAUUCUCUGUGCCAGAAGGAGUGAAGGUCCCUUCUAGCCUGGUUAAUAUAUUUAAGGAACUUCAAAAAGAUCUUGGCUGCUCCAUUCCUUCUAAUGGGAAUCUAGAGAGAUGGGCUAUUCAGGGUGUUCUACUGCUCAACACUGUUCUUACAGUUAGGCAUCAUCAGGCAAACUCUCAUGCUAAGAAAGGAUGGGAGCAAUUUACUGAUGCUGUUAUCAAAACAAUUUCACAAGAGAAGAAGGGAGUUAUAUUUCUCCUAUGGGGAAACUCUGCUCAAGAGAAAUCCAGGUUGAUCGAUGGAAACAAACAUCAUAUUCUUAAAGCAGCACAUCCUUCUGGUUUGUCUGCAAACAGAGGUUUCUUUGGCUGCAGGCAUUUUUCUCGUGCAAACAAACUUUUGGAGCAAAUGGGGAUUCUUCCCAUAGAUUGGCAGCUUUGAUCUGAUGGUGUAACAUGUUUCCUUAAUGACUUGUUUUGGUUAUGGGUUUACCAGCAUCACUUCUGGCCUUCCAUGAAGGCAAGUUUUGGAACAUUGCUCUUUAGGUACAAACUUGUGCCUUACUGCAGUGCUUAGAUAAGCGAUGCUGAUAAGUUUGGAUCCAGUUGUACAGCCGUGUUUAACCAGGAACUUCCCAUAGUAUAUAGCUCAAUGGUCUCAUUUGUGAACUUCUGUUAUUGGAUUCUGCUCUGGCAUCCAUUGUAGAUGCUUGUGGAAGUCUUCUGUAAGGUAAUGCUACGAGCCAUUCUGAAAGUAAUUCCCAAGCCACAGGGAUUGUUUUUGCCUUAAA